AUGGUGAAGUUUAGGGAGACUCUUAGUUUCUGCAACCUUUUUGACUUGGGGUUUAGUGGCAAUAGGUUCACUUGGACCAACAAUAGGGAAGGCAGACAUUUCACAAAGGAAAGACUCGACAGGGCCUGUGGCAAUAGCAAGUGGAUCAACCUAUUUGGAAACUUUACUGUAACUCACUUGGAUUGCUCCCAAUCUGAUCACAACCCCAUAAUAGUCCAGAAAACAGGCCAAUUCCCUUCUAGAAAGAGGAACAGAAUUUUUAGAUUCGAAUCAGCCUGGACCAGACAGGAAAUGUGUGAGGAAAUCAUCAAAAAAGUCUGGCAAACCUCCACCAGAUCCCCUAACAACCUGAUCAGCACCAUAAGAGGACUUACCUGCUGUCAAAAGGAACUGAAAUCAUGGAGCAAUACCACCUCUAGGGGCCAAGGAACUCUCAUAAAAGAGAAGAGUGAGCUACUGAACCAACUAAAGAGAGAUAACAAGGGGGAUCUUCAAGGGGAAAUCAAACUGAUCCAAAGAGAACUUAAUGAUCUUAUGGAUGCAGAAAACCUUAAAUGGCAGCAAAGAGCCAAACAAGCCUGA